AUGUUCACAGGGGCGCACGCCAUGUCAGACUUCGGGGAGGAGUACCAGCGGAAGAAGCUGGAGAUGCUUCCCGCACUCAUGGGUAUGCGGGGCAUUCUCAACCACCACAUCGCCUCAUUCGACCACUUGAUCGAGGUUGAGCUUCAGCGAAUCCUGCUGAACGAGUCCAACGUCGAAAUCAAGAGCACCGUCGACCCGGACUUUGUGAUUCGUUACCAGAACAUUCGCAUCUGCCGGCCACAGGAGAUUGUUGGCAAAGGUCACAUACCAAAGCUUGUGACGCCGCAGGAGUGCCGUAUUCGGGACAUGACGUACCGAGGCGACAUGAUCGUAGAUGUCCAGUACACCAGCCGCGACCGCUCGCGAGCGAUGCUGGUCGAGAAAGACGUAAAGAUCGGGACUAUACCGAUUAUGCUUAAGUCCAAGUGCUGCAACCUGUACCGCAAAACACGCGAAGAGCUGGUGAACAUGCGCGAGUGCCCACUCGACCCUGGUGGCUACUUCAUUAUCAAAGGCGUUGAAAAGGUGUGCCUGGUUCAGGAGCAGCAGAGCAAGAACCGUGUCAUCAUUGAGGCUGACGAACACGGCAGCAUCUCGGCCCACGUGCAGAGCAAGACGCACUACUCCAUCUCCAAGUGCGCCGUUACCUUCAAGAAGGGCAGCAUCGUGCUCACGCAUCGCUCCUUCACAGAGGACAUCCCGAUCAUUGUCGUGCUCAAGGCACUCGGCUUGGAGAAUGAUCAGCACAUCACCCAGUGCAUCGGCACUUCGCCAGAGUUUCAGGCGAUCCUUUUUCCGUGCUUCGAGGAGGCGCGUCUGUUGAACGUGGUCACGCAAAACGACGCCCUGCAGUACAUCGGCGAGAAGCGGAAGGAGACGGUGUGGGAGGCGGAGGAGACGCAGCAGCGCCAAGUGAACAGGUCGAAGGCCGACAAGGCGGCCGAGUUUCUCGCCAACGUGCUGCUCUGCCACAUUCGGGAGGCGCAGGUGCAGAAGGACUGGAACUUUCGCCACAAGGCGUUCUACGUCUGUUUCAUGGUACGUGGCAUGAUCGAGGCCAGCUUCGACGCAUCGCUGCUUGACGAGCGCGACUUCUACGGCAACAAGCGGUUCGAGACGACCGGCACGCUGAUGGCGCUCUUGUUUGAGGACUUGCUGAAGCAAUUUAACCGCGUUGUGAAGACGGCGAUGGAUCAGCAGCUGUCGAAAAAGGACUCCACGCGCCCCUUCAACGUGAAGCAGCUGAUGGAAAGCAAGAUGGAGGUGAUCCAGAACGGCAUGCGCAUGGCGAUCAGCAGUGGGCGAUGGGACUUGAAGCGCUUCAACAUGAACCGGCAGGGCAUCACACAGGUGCUCUCGAGACUCUCGUACAUUGCCAGCCUCGGCAUGAUGACAAGGCUGGCGUCCUCGUUCGAGAAGACGCGCAAGGUAAGUGGCCCACGCUCGUUGCAGCCGAGUCAGUGGGGGAUGGUGUGCCCCUGCGAUACGCCAGAAGGUGAGAGUUGCGGUCUGGUGAAAAACUUUGCGACGCUUAGUCAGGUCACCUUGGACCUGAACGACAACUACGUCCGUGCCGCCGCGCACUCACUUGGCGUGGAGGAGAUCGACACGGUUACGCCGACGGACUUUCUGCACUACUACACCGUGUUCCUCAACGGUACCCUCAUUGGCAUUCACCGCUACCCCAACCGACUCUGCGCCGGCAUCCGCGCUCUCCGGCGCUCCGGCCGUCUUCACCCGCACGUGUCCAUCUCAACGCAGCCACGGCAGCGCACCGUCCAGAUCGGCAGUGAUGGCGGUCGCAUCGUUCGCCUGCUCAUCAUCGUGCGGGACGGAAAGCCGGCCGUCACCUCCGCCCACCUCGACCGCCUGCGCGACCGCUUGUGCACCCACAACGAUUUUCUGGCGGAGGGGCUGAUCGAGUACGUGGACGUGAAUGAAUCGAAUGACUGCCUCAUCGCCGUCUACCCUGCCGACAUCAGGCCCUACACCACCCACCUCGAAGUGGAGCCGCUGUCGCUAUUGGGCGUCGUGGCCGGCAUUAUCCCUUACCCGCACCACAACCAGUCCGCCCGAAACACCUUCCAGUCCGCCAUGGGCAAGCAGGCCCUCGGCACCGUGGCGCUCAACCAAUACAUACGCGCCGACACGGUGCUCCUCCUCGGUGCCUACCCACAGCGGCCUCUGUGCCGCACAAAGGCCAUGUCGCUGACACACUACGAAAGGCUCGGCGCCGGCAUCAACGCCAUGGUGUGCGUCAUGAGCUACAGCGGUUACGAUAUUGAGGAUGCGCAGGUGUACAACAAGUCCUCCCUGGACCGCGGGUACGGCCGCUGCGUGGUGCUGCGCAAGCACGAAGUGGACUUGGAAAAGUACGCGGGCGGCGAGUUCGAUGUCAUCUUGCCGCCGGAGAAGAAUAGCGGCACCGGGAAGUUCAAGGCACUCAACCCAGACGGCGUUGCCAGCAAAGGUGUCCUUGUGCAGCAGUACGACGUCCUCGUGAACAAGUUCACCCCGGUCGCUGGCGGUGACCCGCGGCCGGCGCCGCUAGUGUACAAGUAUCCGCAGCCUGCGGUCGUUGACCAUGUCAUCAUCUCGCCCCCCGGCGACUACGACAGGUCGCUCGACGUCGAUCAGAAAGUUAAGGUGGUCACGCGGGAGGUGCGACCACCAGAGCCCGGUGACAAGUUCUCAUCACGUCACGGCCAGAAGGGCGUCGUCGGCCUGAUUGUGAACGGAGUUGACAUGCCUUUCAACGAGCGCGGCAUGUGCCCCGAUAUGAUCAUGAACCCGCACGGCUUCCCCAGCCGCAUGACGGUCGGCAAGCUGCUCGAGCUCGUUUGCUCUAAGGCGGCAGCGCUUCGAGGGUCGAUGGGCGACGGCACCGCCUUCGGCGGCGACUCGGCCGACAGCAUCAGCCAGCAGCUCCUCUCCUUUGGCUACAACUACCACGGCAAGGAUGUCUUUUAUUCGGGAAUCACGGGCGAGUUAAUGCAGGGCUACGUUUUCUUCGGCCCCAUCUACUACCAGCGCCUCAAGCACAUGGUCACAGACAAGAUGCACGCCCGCUCGACCGGGCCACGGUCGAUGCUGACUCGCCAGCCAACCGAGGGCCGGUCUCGCAGUGGAGGACUCCGCGUUGGUGAGAUGGAGCGCGACUGCAUGGUGGGCUACGGCGCGUCCAACCUCCUCAACGAGCGACUGCUUAUCAGCUCCGACAUGUUCACGGCGGACAUUUGCCACGUGUGCGGUAACCUCGGCUACAACAAUCGGUGCACGUACUGCAAAACCAAGGGGACUACCUCCAAGGUGAACAUGCCCUACGCCUUCAAGCUACUGAUCCAAGAACUACAGGGCAUGGGUGUCAGUCUUCGCCUCACAAUGGACUCCCCGACAUAG